UCGGCGAGUGCUCGGCCGAGAGUGGUGCCCUCUACGCGGCGAUACUGAAAACUAGCGAUCGAGGAAAAUCAUGUGUUAGCUCAGUACGUCGCGAUCCCCGCAAGCGUACGGUCUCUCGCGGUGAGCGGCGCAGUCGAUCGUCUCGUCGUGUGCGGUGUGGAAUUUUUUUGAAAUCGUCACCCGGAAAUCAGCGAUUUGUUUGUCUUCCAUUGAACCUCAAUAUCGUUGAAAAUAAUAAGAAAAUCGUAUGUAUACGAGUAUUAAAUAAAGUGAAUAGUUAAUAUUGUCGAUCUAUUUAGAGCAAACGAGUGAACAAUACGAGAGAGAAAGAGAGAGAGAGAGACAAAAGUGAGAGUAUUUUAAAAACGAUUUAGACUUAAACUCAUGAUUUGAUGUUGACUCGUUGUGCAAAAGUGCAUAAUCAAUCGGAAGUUCCGGGGCUCUUACUGAAUGAGACGUAAACGCGAAAAAAAUAAUUUUGCUAGCGUAAAGGAGGCAAAAAACGUGAUUAAAACGAACACGAGGGAGAUUCGGACGUCGUUGAUGCAGUUCCAAAGAUCAACUGUGAUCUACGGCGCAUGGAGAGUCUGUUGGCCCUGUGCGGGAUAUAUGCGAGACCCCCUGUAUUUGCACCGCACAACCCUUAAUUCCCGCUGAUCGUGUUAUUGUUCGUAAAUUCUCUAUUCUCCAGCUUCCUCCGCCCUCGUGCUAGUUUCAUCAUUUUUUUGAAACUCUUACAUCCUCAUUGGUGAAAAAUCGUCUCUGUACGAAAGAGCAGGGCGAACAGAUCGCCUGCCUAAAGAUCGCGAGUAAACGUGAUUCGGUAGAUGGCAGCGCUUGACGUUGCUUCGCGGGGGAACACUGUCGCGAUUCGUACAUAUGCACGUACGCACACGCACACCAGUGUUUGUAACGUGUAACGCACACACGCACAUGUGAAAUCGUUGAAAGAAUUAUAAGAGCGAAACGCAAAGGUAUAUUCGGGAAGCGCGGAAGUGCCCACGGCGUGUUCCUCUCUAUUCCUCUCCCUCUCUUUCGCUCGGACAUUCGUGUAUACACGCGUAUGUGUGGCUCACGCGUGUCGGCCAGGCGCGAGUGAGGGUGCGCGCGCGCGAGGGCGCGCUCGAGCAACGUCGUCGAGCGAUCGGCGUUCGGGAGAAAAAAAGAAAAUACACGUAACGUACAUAUAUGUGCAAAUAAAUAUAUACAUACGUUCAAAGUGCGUCGCGAAAUCUGUUCGGAGUGUCAUCGAUUUUUUUGUCCAAUAAAUCAGUAUAAAAAUAGUGAAUUUUUCACAAAAAUAACCUUCGAAUACGCCUGAAUUUCAAUAAACUCGACGUGAUUACUGUGUCGUGAUAAAUAUAAUAGCGAACCUUUUGUGCUGUUUUGUUUUUCCUCUCACCGAGAAUAGUUUGAACUUGAAAUUGUGCUUCUGUAGUGGGAGAGUUUGUUUUUUCAUUCGUUCAUUCUUUACGAGGACGCAUAUUUGCGUGAGCUUACGCGGGAAAGAAUUUUUAAUUCGUAUUUACAAUAAAAAUAUAAAUCGCUUUCGUUCGAAGGCUCGCCUUGCUCUUUUGGGCUUAUCAUCGUUUUCAUUUUUUCUUCGAAUCCGAAACGAAAGCGCGCUCGUGAGGCUAGAACACGGAGAAUGUCAACGCGAUAGCCCGGAAAUUCUCCAUAACAUCCGAUUGGAUUACCAUGCUUAACACGGUUACGAGUCACAGGUGGCCGUCAGACGUUCAGGUCUCUGCAGCGUCGAAGAGUCAUCCUCAUCGGUGCUGGCAUGCUCGGAAAAUUUUAGCCAAUCAACAAACCCGCAGAUCUUUCUGUUGAAGAAAUCUUGCCAUGUUGUUUAGGUGAGCGAGAGGGAGGCGCUGACCGGUGGCGGCGGCGGCCAUGCGACCCGGCCUGCCCUCACCGAGCCGCCGCAGGCCUCCCCGUCGCCAUCAGCCACCGGAAAAAUGGCACAGAGUUCGCCACCAAGCUCAACGGCAACGGCAACGGCUUCGGCAGAGAUGGCUUUCCAGCACCCAAAUUAUUCUCGUCCUUUUGCUCUUCGACACCGCCCCGUCGAGAGCGUUCAUUGAUUCCUCAUCGAUAUCGGACCACUUGCAGCACACAUCCGGCCAUUCCCUCCACCACGAUCGAGCCAACAGCCAAAAGUACGCGAACCAUUUUCUCCCGCCGUCCUCGUCCUCUGCUGCUUUCUCCCCGUCCUCGGCAUCCUUGACAUCGAAUUCGCCACCGGCUCACCGCGGCACCGAUAACGCACCUGAGAAACAUCGAGGACCGAGAAAUUUGACGAUCGGAUAUCUCACCGCGAUCAAGGGAGGCCUCAAGGACCGACAAGGCCUCGCCAUUUCCGGAGCUCUCACAAUGGCCCUCGACGAGAUAAACAACGACACGAGUAUUCUGCCGAACGUCAGAUUGGUUAUGCGGUGGAACGACACGCGGGGUGACACCGUAGACGCGACUAAAGCCAUGAUCGACAUGAUUUGCGACGGGGUUGCUGCUUUUUUCGGUCCCGAAGGAUCCUGCCACGUCGAGGCGAUCGUAUCACAAUCUCGCAACAUACCGAUGAUCAGCUACAAAUGUUCGGAUUACAAAGCUUCGAGCGUUCCAACAUUCGCGAGAACGGAACCUCCGGACACCCAAGUUACCAAAUCCGUGAUCGCCCUCCUGCUUCAUUACGGCUGGAACAAAUUCACCAUCGUCACCGAGAGAGCCUGGUCGACCGUCGCAAAGUCCCUCGAGGAUCAAGCUGCCAAGCACAAUCUCACUGUAAAUCACUACCGAGCCGUCGAGGACAGACACACCUGUUGCGAGGAACGUUUGACCUGCUGUCAAGUCGGCGUUUGGUUUCAACUCAUACAGGAAACGAAAAACAUGACCAGGAUUUACAUCUUCCUGGGCACAGCAAUAUCCCUGAUCGACAUGAUGAACUCGAUGCAGAAUCAAAGGCUCCUCGACCACGGCGAAUAUAUGGUGAUACACGUGGACAUGAUGACGUACUCGGCCAAAGAAGCACACAAGUACUUAUGGAAGCCCGAGCACUACGAUAAUCUAAAGAACUGUCUCGAACCGAAAGACUUUUUGAAACGCGCCCGUUCCUUGCUGGUUGUUGCAUCGACACCGCCCACUCAAAAUUACGAGGAAUUCACGAAAAAAGUUAGCGAAUACAGCAGCAAAGAACCCUUCAAUUUUGGAGUACCGGAACUCUUCAAGAAGUACGAAAAGUACGUUUCUAUACACGCAGCAUAUCUGUACGACUCCGUGAUGUUGUAUGCCGGUGCAUUGGAUCAAUUGCUGCGGGAACAACCCCAUCAAACACUAGACGAAAUAGCUAGCAACGGUACCCAAAUAAUCGAAACGAUUAUACGGAAACGUGUGUACCAAAGCAUAAGCGGUGCUACGAUAAAGAUCGACAAAAACGGUGAUUCCGAAGGCAACUUUUCUGUUCUGGCGCUGAAAAAGGAUCAGUUUCAAAGGGAAAACUUCUCGUGCGACUUUCAGAUGAAACCGAUUGGACAGUUUCAGCAGGGUGAAACUCUAGUUUACAGGCCAUCGGAAUCCGUGGAUUGGCCGGGUAAAAAUAAACCGGAAGCUGAGCCUGGCUGCGGUUUUUUGAACGAACAUUGCCCGAAAGAUGACACCCACUUACGCAGCAUUGUCGCCGCUGCUGUACUUGCAGUUUUACUCUUUUGUGCUGGUGUCGUUACAAUGAGCAUAUACAGAAGAUGGAAAAUCGAACAAGAAAUCGAGGGCCUGCUUUGGAAAAUCGACCCUGCUGAUAUUCAUGGUUAUCCCCAUCUCGAUAAUCUCAUGUCCUCACCUAGUAAGUUAAGUUUAGUUAGCGCAAUGUCGUACGAGUCGAGAUGCGGUGGUCAAGUGUUCGCUCAAACCGGGCAUUAUCAUGGCGUCGUUGUCCGCAUAAAAGAGCUCAAAUUCUCAAAGAAAAAAGACAUAUCCCGAGAGAUGAUGAAAGAGAUGCGAGUACUCCGGGAAAUAAGACACGGAAAUCUCAAUUCGUUUAUCGGAGCUUGCGUCGAGCCCAUGAGAAUACUGUUAAUUACCGAUUAUUGUGCCAAAGGAAGUCUCUACGACAUCAUCGAAAACGAGGACAUAAAGUUAGAUGAUAUGUUCAUUGCCUCACUAGUUCAUGAUCUCAUUAAGGGUAUGCUUUACAUUCACGAGUCGUCCGUGCUAGUCUGCCAUGGUAAUCUAAAGUCUUCCAAUUGCGUGGUUAGCUCACGAUGGGUACUUCAAGUCUCCGAUUUUGGCCUUCACGAUAUGCGCCAUUGCGCCGAGUCCGACAGCAUCGGUGAACAUCAGUAUUAUCGAAACUUGUUUUGGAAAGCGCCGGAACUCUUGCGGAAUCCCAACGCCCCGAUACAAGGUACUCAGGAAGGAGAUAUAUAUGCGUUCGCCAUAAUCCUAUUCGAGAUGAUCGGUCGCAAGGGACCGUACGGUGGAGUCAAUUUGGAACCCAAAGAAAUCAUAGACAGAGUAAAAAGGUAUCCGGAAGAUGGUGAACCGCCCUUCAGACCAAACACCGAAAUACUUUCGGAAUCGGAGGCGGACUGCGCCGACUAUAUCGUAAGCACGAUAACCGACUGUUGGGCCGAGAGUCCUGAGCUGAGACCAGAUUUCAAAACGAUCAGGUCUAGGUUAAAAAAGAUGAAGGCCGGCCGUCACCGAAACAUAAUGGACCAAAUGAUGGACAUGAUGGAAAAGUACGCCAACAACCUCGAGGAUCUAGUCAGUGAGCGUACGCGCCUUCUCUUCGAGGAAAAACAAAAAACUGAGGAUUUGUUGCAUCGAAUGUUGCCCGAACCUGUGGCCAAUUGUUUAACAAACGGAAUCGGCGUAGAACCGGAAGCGUUCGACCUGGUUACCAUAUAUUUCAGCGACAUUGUUGGCUUCACUGCAAUGUCAGCGGAAAGCACUCCGUUCCAAGUGGUGAAUUUUUUGAACGAUUUAUACACGCUGUUCGAUCGCAUAAUAAAAGGUUACGAUGUGUACAAAGUUGAAACUAUUGGAGAUGCUUACAUGGUGGUUUCCGGACUGCCGCUGAAAAAUGGAAACAGACACGCCGGAGAAAUCGCUUCAAUGUCACUGGACCUUUUGAGCGCUGUCAAAGUACACACGAUUGCUCACAGGCCUCAAGAUACUUUGAAACUGAGAAUCGGAAUACAUACAGGCCCUGUUGUAGCGGGUGUUGUCGGUCUAACGAUGCCGAGAUACUGCCUUUUCGGUGAUACCGUGAAUUCAGCCUCGCGGAUGGAGUCGAACGGCGAGCCGCUGAAAAUACACAUAAGCAGUCAGUGCAAAGACGCCUUGGAUAAAAUCGGUGGUUACAUCGUGGAGGAACGCGGUGUCGUUCAUAUGAAGGGAAAAGGAGCCGUGAAAACGUACUGGCUCACGGGAGCCAACGAAAAAGCCAUACAGAAGCGAGAGGUUGACGUUGACGAUCUGCCGCCACUUUUUUGUCGUCCACGAAGGAGUCCAAAAUUGAAUGCGGAUUCGCGGCAAGCCUCGUUGCUGGCGAUGCUCGGUGCGGGAAGCCGUCGACACUCGAGCGUACCGAAACCAACGGGAGACGAUUCGGUCUCGCAAUGCGGUGGAUCGAGCCCGGUACAGCGUUCACUGCGUCUCAGCAAACUCGAUAGAUCGCCGCUCUAUCUGAUGGACAGUGUGUCGAAAACGACUCUGGAGAACGUGACGAUUCGGGAGGAAGCUGAGGAUCGAGCGGCGAACAUAAAACUGGCCCUGGACGAUCUUUUCCUCGAAUCGCGAGCAAAGUUCCGUAAAAAUCCUCGCGUCUUAUCGACGAUUGCUUCGUCCUCGACUACGAGCGAUUAUCCGUCGCAGACGAUAAUCCGGGAGUCUCGAUCGCUCGAUCCCUUUCCCGUCGAGCUCGUUAACAAAAAAUUAGAGUCGUGCCAGCUUCGCUGGAAAGAAGCGAAAAGAAGUUUUCGCUCGUUGGAAAAUUGCGACAAAUGCACAACGAGAAAAAGCAACUCAAAGACUAAUCUCACGGACAAAUUGUUGAACAACAAUUAUCCGAAUGGUAAUGUUAUCAUCGUUUCCGGAGUAGACAACUCAUUGAACGAGGCACAAAUUCCUCUAUUGGGAGACGAAAAUACUUGCUCCGGUGAGGCUGUAACAAUGAAAAGAUGGAGAUCCCUCGAUCAAGUUGUCCCUACCCCCAGUACUGACAACAGCGUACCGGACAAAAAAUCAUCUGCUCGUAAUUCCAUUAGAAGUUGGCUCGUCAAUUUGUUCAACGGCAAUGGUUUGCGCAACAGCGAUGUUUCUCUCAGGCGCGGGGUUAUUGCCGGCUACGACAUACAAUCCGAGCGUGAAAGCAUCGUUUGAUUAUUUUUCAUAUAUUUUUUUUAAUUUAUUAUUCCCACCAUCUUAUCUCCGUCAGAAGCGAAGAGAAAAAGAAAAGCAAAGAAAACGAUUAGAAUCACGUCUGACUCUCGGCACCGAGAACGUGAUGCAAAAUCUAUUUUUUUAACGCCAUUAUAGAAGUACGCCCAACCCAGAAUACAAGACAAUUAUGACGUCAUUUGAAUUACGUAAUGCCGAGUGAAUAUAUAUAUUUUCAUCGUUCAUUUUUAAAAAAUAUUAAUACAUUGUAAUCGAUGUACCGACUUAAUUUUUGUGUCCUCUCAUUAUUUUUUCCAUUAAUGUCGCAGUGAAAAGUCACACAGUCAAAUGGCAUUACGAGGAAAAAAAUUUCCACGACGCUCCGAUCCGGUGGAAAGUUUAUCAAAAAACAAAAACGGCGGUAAAGAAAAAGCCGAAAAAAAAGGCCCGCUCCCCGUCGUUCGAGAUUGCGCUCCAGGAGGAAGCGCAUUUAGAUUUAACCAAUCACGAGUACGAUUUAUUCUUUUUUCGUGGCCAUUUAUUAUUAUUAUUUCCUUGUAAGCUUAGCGAUCCGUGCAAUUUGUUGUAUAUCAAAGUUACCGACACUGUAUAUUUUUUAAUACUUAGAUAUUUUAUAGAUAAAUCAUAUUAUCAUAAUGAAUUAAAAAUCUCGUCAGGCUUACCGAAUUUUCGACGCAAUUUCAGCGCCGAAUUUAGGUGCGCGAAUCAACGCACAUCCGACACUUGCCCAAUUAGUCUGAGUGUUUUUUUUUUUUUUUUUUUUUUUUUCAUACAGGAUGAGUCAAAAAAUGACACCUCAAAUAUUAGCUAGACGAGUACAGAGAAAAAUGUUAUCGAGCAAAGCUGCACGAGUAUUUGUGAACAAAAUAUUUUUGAGCUAGUAAAAGUUUUUGCCUCGUCCUGUAUCUUCAUAUGAAAAUAUAUUAUUAUGUGUAUAUGCGUAUGCGAGUCCGUAUGUGUGUGUGCGUGUGUGUUUCGAGGAUUUUGAUACCACGUAUGCGUGUUACGGGUGAUAAAUAUAUAAAAUAUACGAUAAACUCUUCCGAGAUAAAUUGCAUCCGUGGGAAGACAGAACGUAAAAAUAUGAAGAUUUGACUAUUAGACGACAACGAGAGGGAACCUCGUUGAGAUUUGAAACUGUUUUACAAGCGAAUCAACUUUAAGCGAUGGCCGAACUCUAUAUUUUGUAAGCUCGGACCGAUAAUAUAGCCUCGAUUAUGUAUAUUUAAUCUAUUAUAACUUGUUCACUGAAGGAAAGCAAAUUUGUCUGUAUGGCUGUGAAAAGUGAACUAGAUUGUACCUAAGGUGCUUAGUAAUAUAUCCACAACGAUGUCAAAUGUAUAUAACUGAUGGAAUAAUAAUAUAUCGAUGUAAAAAGAUGAA